GGAGACCUCACAGAACUGUGACGCCCCUGAAGUAAGUCUGACAGUAAUGAACCACUAAGUGAUCGACGAGAGCAUCGUAUCCCUGACUUUGGGGUAUAAGGUUGGUCUAAACUUGCUUACAUACGUACGAUCCGACUCCAUCCCUUUGGAUCGGAUUUACCACGCUGAUUUCCCAUGCGUCAAUCUUAAUCUCCAUUACUUGAUGAUAUGGGGUCAUUGUUCACGGAUGAUGCAACAACGACAAUCAUCACAGUCACUAGACUUACUCAGUAUACCGUACGCGUCUUGCAGCGCCACAGGAAACUAAACUUCAGCUGCGUGGCGGUGCUCGUAAUAUCAGCCACAGUAGCCUAUUUUCUUUUGGUUUUUUUGUGUUUUUGCUUUUUCUUGUUUUCCCUUUUUUUUUCGGGUUUUGUGAUCUGCUGCAGGGCUUUCCCAUCGUCGCAUCCGAGGGACUUCCUGGUCUACCUAGUCGUCUCAUAGUGCACGGAUGAAGUUGAGGAGAAUUUGUCAGAAGUUGUCAAAUAGUGCCGAUUGAUAUGCACCAAUGAGCUCUAUUCCUGGGGCCGACUCUUAAGCCACAAACAACGCCUUGAAUUUACGUUGGCUUGGCUCUGUCCUUUUGUACGAACGCAGCUCAACGCUCAGGGCCGCUGCCGUUCUCUCUCUCUCUCUCUCUCUCUGUUUCUUUUUCAUUUUUCAAAAAAAAAAAAAAAUUUACACUUUUGCC